AUGGCCGUGAGAGCCUGUGGCCUGAUAAUCUACAGGAGGCUGCAGCCCGCAGCCACUUCAAAGGUCGCCGACACCAUCGAGUACCUCCUCCUGCAGACGUCCUAUGGGACCCACCACUGGACCCCUCCCAAAGGCCACGUGGAUCCAGGAGAGGAUGACCUCCAAACAGCCUUGCGGGAGACUCAGGAAGAGGCUGGUCUCCAGGCCGCUCAGCUCACCCUCGUGGAUGGCUACAAGAAGGAGCUGCACUACCCAGUCAACGGCAAACCCAAGACCGUCGUUUACUGGCUGGCAGAAAUGAACGACUAUAACACGGAAAUCAAGCUCUCCGAGGAGCACCAGGCUUUCCAGUGGCUGAAGCUGGAGGAUGCCUGCAAAUUUGCAGAAUAUGAGGAUAUGCAAGCAAUGCUGAAAGAUGCACAUCAGUUUCUUUGCUCCAGAAAAUAAAUGCAUUGUGGAGGAUAAGGGAAACUUCUAAA